CAGUUCGGCCCCGUCGCGCUGCAUUGGGCGGCUUGUUGCCGGCGGUGUUUCCGAGCGAACUUCGGUGCCCGGCGCCUUGUAUAUCAUGCCUGGCGCCCGGCGUCCCUCCUGCCUGGCGUGGCGAGGUUCGUUGGGCGCUUGUCUCUCACGCUGUUCUGGCGCAGCCCGUGCUGUUGUGUAUCUGUUCGGCUGUUGUAGCCAAGGCGCAUUGACGUGGGUUCAUUUGCUCUACCACGAUCAAAUCAGGCAGCUAGACUUCUCACCGCUGUUCAUGUUCUGGAUCUAUGCGCCUCUAUGAAGCUUGGGGGCUCCCACUAUAGUGCACUGGCAGAGUUUGAGUUCCUGGAGUUCCUGCAGCUGAUGACAGAGCGCAUGGGAAGGCAGGUAGAGGCAUAGAGAGGAACGAGAAGUGGGGAGAGCAACGGCUACUUGUGCCAUCACCUAAGUUUUUGUUUCCCUCGACAUCCGUUCGUUGGUCCGAACUCGUUUCGUGUCAGAGAUAUGCUGUCGCUUUGAGAGAUGAGAGCAGCAUGUUUAUUUGUGCGCCAUAUCCAUAUUAAGGUGCGCGAUUGAUAUUGGGCAUUGCUGAUUGAUGCGCGGCUUCAUGAUCUAAAAAUGGCGCUCCCGAACAAACGUCCGGCAGCAGUAGAACUCGUCGAGCAGGCGGGCGCCUCCACGCCUGUGGAACUGCAGACGAGGCCGCGUGGCGAUUGCGGCGUCGUAAUGGCCUGGAUACGUGGGCAGUGGAAACGGUCUCGCCGCGGGCAGCGAGGGCGUUAGUUGCCGCAGACAACAUGGCGGGCGUGGGGCUCCAGCGAUGCCCCGGCCCCGGCCCCUGUGGUGCCAGGGGGGGACGCCUGCUCAGGUGGAAACAUACAAUCGCGCGCGAGAUGUUGAAUGAAAGAGCGGCCCCCCUUGCGGAGCCGGAGGAGGUAGUGCCGCAGAUGUGGACGAGGCGGAUCCGCAGGAUGUCGCGGAAGCGGAGCCGCAGGACGCGGCUGGACCGAUCGGCAUUGCCGCCCUUCUUCGCAUUUUGUUGGGGGCCCCCUGAUUUCGUGGGCUCUUUCAAGUCAGCGCCGCGACGGGUGUGGCGCGCGCAAGCAUUGCAGACGCGGCGCAGCGGCCUGGCCCGCCCGGGCCGCGUUGCGCGCUCCCAUUGGGGCUGUUCGGGUUUCUUGUGCGCCCUCCCUUGUUCGAGCCCGCCGGGCUCCUUUGGGCGAUUCGCGGUCGCCGGCGGUGCUUCCGAGCGAAUUUCGUCACCCAGCGCCUUACACUUUAGCCCCCGCAGUUGGGCACAUCAUCAUCAUCAUCCUCGUGGCGCCGCGGCGAGCGUCGUUGGGCGCUUUUCUCUCACGCUGUUAUGGCGCCGCCCGUCCUAUUCUGUAUCUUUUCGGCUGUUGUAG